AUGGAAAUUUUUUGGAAGACGUGGACAUGGAUUUUGAGCCUAGUCAUGGUUUCAUCGGAAUUUCUCAGUAACAGCAGGCUUUCAUACAGUUCUCAAGAGGAAUUCCUGUCUUACCUUGAACACUACCAACUAACAAUCCCAAUAAGGGUUGAUCAAAAUGGAGCCUUCCUCAGCUUUACUGUGAAAAAUCCUAAACCCUCAAGAAGGAGGAGGAGCACAGACCCUUAUGACCAAGAACUGGCAGCAUCUAAAUUAUUUUUUAAACUUUCUGCCUAUGGCAAGCACUUUCAUUUAAACCUGACUCUCAACACAGAUUUGGUGUCCAGACAUUUUACAGUAGAGUACUGGGGGAAAGAUGGACCGCAAUGGAAGCAUGAUUUCUUAGACCACUGUCAUUACACAGGAUAUUUGCAAGACCAACACAGUACAACUAAAGUGGCCUUAAGCAACUGCAAUGGUCUGCAUGGAGUCAUUGCUACAGAAGAUGAUGAGUAUUUUAUUGAGCCUUUAAGAAAUAUAACAGAAGAUUCUAGUAACUAUAAUUAUGAGAAUGGUCAACCUCAUGUUAUAUACAAAAAAUCUACCAUGCACCAGCAGCACCUCUAUGAUCACAGUCACUGUGGAGUCUCAGAAGACCUCACGAGAAGUGGCAAACCUUGGUGGAUGAAUGAUGCAUCUGCUUUUCCAGCUUCACUUCCAGUCAAUGGCACACUAAGUAGUCAUAGUCGACAGAAGAGAUCUGUAAGCCUUGAACGGUUUGUGGAAACGCUGGUAGUAGCAGACAAAAUGAUGGUGGGAUACCAUGGUCGCAAAGACAUUGAACACUACAUUUUGAGUGUAAUGAAUAUUGUUGCCAAACUUUAUCGUGAUUCCAGUCUAGGAAACGUUGUGAAUAUUAUAGUGACACGUUUGAUUGUCCUCACUGAAGAUCAGCCAAACUUGGAGAUAAACCACCAUGCAGACAAGUCCCUCGAUAGCUUCUGUAAGUGGCAGAAAUCCAUUCUCUCCCACCAAAGUGAUGGAAACACCAUUCCAGAAAAUGGGAUUGCCCACCAUGAUAAUGCGGUUCUUAUUACUAGAUAUGAUAUCUGCACUUAUAAAAACAAGCCUUGUGGAACACUGGGCUUGGCCUCUGUGGCUGGAAUGUGUGAGCCAGAAAGGAGCUGCAGCAUUAAUGAAGAUAUUGGCCUAGGUUCAGCUUUUACCAUUGCACAUGAGAUUGGUCACAAUUUUGGUAUGAAUCAUGAUGGAAUUGGAAAUUCCUGUGGGACCAAAGGUCAUGAAGCAGCAAAGCUAAUGGCAGCUCAUAUUACAGCAAACACCAAUCCUUUCUCCUGGUCAGCUUGCAGUCGGGAUUACAUCACCAGUUUUUUAGAUUCGGGCCGUGGUACUUGCCUUGAUAAUGAGCCUCCCAAGCGUGACUUUCUUUAUCCAGCUGUGGCCCCAGGUCAGGUGUAUGAUGCUGAUGAACAGUGUCGCUUCCAGUAUGGAGCAACAUCCCGCCAAUGUAAAUAUGGGGAAGUGUGUAGAGAGCUUUGGUGCCUCAGCAAAAGUAACCGCUGUGUUACUAACAGUAUUCCAGCAGCAGAAGGUACUCUUUGCCAAACAGGGAGCAUUGAAAAGGGGUGGUGUUAUCAGGGAGAGUGCGUACCUUUUGGCACUUGGCCCCAGAGCAUAGAUGGGGGUUGGGGUCCAUGGUCAAUAUGGGGAGAGUGCAGCAGGACCUGCGGGGGAGGAGUCUCCUCAUCUAUAAGACACUGUGACAGUCCAGCGCCGUCAGGUGGAGGCAAAUAUUGUCUUGGAGAAAGGAAGCGUUAUCGCUCCUGUAAUACUGAUCCAUGUCCUUCAGGGGCUCGUGAUUUUAGAGAGAAGCAAUGUGCGGAUUUUGACAAUAUGCCUUUCCGGGGAAAGUAUUAUAACUGGAAACCCUACACUGGAGGUGGGGUUAAACCAUGUGCAUUAAACUGCUUGGCUGAAGGGUAUAAUUUUUACACUGAACGUGCUCCUGCAGUAAUAGAUGGGACUCAGUGCAAUGCUGAUUCACUGGAUAUCUGUAUCAAUGGAGAAUGCAAGCAUGUAGGUUGUGAUAAUAUUUUGGGGUCUGAUGCUAAGGAAGACAGAUGCCGUGUUUGUGGAGGAGAUGGGAGUACAUGUGAAGCCAUUGAAGGUUUCUUCAAUGGUUCAUUGCCCAGAGGAGGAUAUAUGGAAGUGAUUCAAAUUCCAAGAGGUUCUGUGCACAUUGAAAUAAGAGAAGUGGCAAUGUCAAAAAACUACAUUGCUUUAAAAUCUGAAGAGGAUGACUACUAUAUUAAUGGUGCCUGGACUAUUGACUGGCCAAGAAAGUUUGAUGUUGCUGGAACUGCUUUCCAUUACAAGAGGCCAACAGAUGAACCAGAGUCUUUGGAAGCACUAGGCCCUACUUCAGAAAACCUCAUAGUCAUGAUUCUGCUGCAGGAACAGAAUUUGGGGAUAAAAUAUAAAUUCAAUGUUCCGAUCUCUCGCACUGGCAGUGGAGACAAUGAGGUUGGGUUUGCAUGGAAUCAUCUGCCUUGGUCAGAAUGUUCUGCCACUUGUGCAGGAGGUGUCCAGAAACAAGAGGUGGUGUGUAAAAGACUGGAUGACAGCUCCAUUGUACAAAACAAUUACUGUGACCCUGACAGUAAGCCUCCAGAAAACCAAAGAGCCUGCAACACUGAGCCUUGCCCACCUGAAUGGUUUAUAGGAGACUGGUCAGAGUGCAGUAAGACCUGUGAUGGAGGAAUGCGUUCACGAACAGUUCUCUGCAUCAGGAAGAUUGGGCCUUCUGAGGAGGAGACGCUGGAUGCUACCAACUGUUUAACACACAGGCCUGUUGAAAAAGAGCCCUGCAACAACCAGUCCUGCCCCCCACAAUGGGUUGCUCUGGACUGGUCAGAGUGCACACCAAAGUGUGGCCCAGGAUUCAAACACCGAAUUGUCCUGUGCAAAAGCAGUGAUCUUCUAAAAACCUUUCCAGCUGCACAAUGCCAAGAUGAGAACAAGCCGCCAGUGCGCAUCCGCUGUAGUUUAGGCCGAUGUCCUCCUCCUCGCUGGGUUGCUGGAGACUGGGGACAGUGUUCUGCACAGUGUGGUCUUGGGCAACAGAUGAGAACAGUACAGUGCCUGUCAUAUACUGGACAAGCAUCCAGUGAGUGUCCAGAAACUCUCAGACCUCCAUCAAUGCAGCAGUGUGAAAGUAAAUGUGACAGUACUCCCAUUUCCAACACAGAGGAGUGCAAAGAUGUGAACAAAGUGGCAUAUUGCCCACUGGUGCUGAAGUUCAAGUUCUGCAGUCGAGCAUACUUCAGACAGAUGUGCUGCAAGACCUGCCAAGGACACUGACCCACAGGAAGCAGAAGAAUGUGCCUUGUUUUUAUCAUUGUGGAAGAGUGUCCAUCGAAGAGAGCCACACAGCGGAACAAGAUUGAUGUCCUUGCAAAUGCAUUACC